GCGGCUUAGUACCAAAGCGACAAUUGACCGGUAAAACCGUCCUGGGGUAUCAUCUCAAAUCACCUCCCGGGAGCUGCUGGUCAGGUGCACAGAAUCGUGCGUGUGUGUGGCCAUCAGUAGUGGGGUGGGAAGUAAAUCUGAUGUACCGCAAUACCGCGUGAAUACCAUACUUGUCCGGAAAGGGGCGAAGCAGAACUUGCGACGGAUUGUGAAGAUCAAGUGCUACAUGAGGUGAAAACUGAUCUUGCACGGCAGUUGCGAGAACAAAAAGCCUGUGAGAAACUCUAGCUGACCAAAGUGCUAAGGACAGAUCUAACAGGUCUGACAAAAGACGGCCGGCCACCCUUGGAUGGGCUGAAAGUGAAGCUUGACUUGCUGAAGCAAACGAGAUCAGUGUGACAAUGAACGUUGUAGGGCUCAUAACUUUUGCACUUGUUGCAUUUGUUCAAGCAGAGAAGUUCGAUGGAUAUUUUUACCCGAAACCCAGCUGUGGACUUCAGGAAGCACAAACUGUGUACGUAACACAAACAGUUACUGAUUACCAAGUACAAACCCAAACUCUACCAGGAGGGAUCCAGCAUGAUGAAAGAGUUGUAACACAGUACUCUUCGAUAUAUGUCACGUCUACAUAUACUCAAACAGCCCCAGUGUACCAGACCGUUACCCAUACAAAUACAUUCACAGUUCCUGCCCAAGUACAACCAGGACAAACAAUCUACCAAACGGUUACUUUACCACCAAUAGUUUCUACUUAUGUGUCAACUCAAAUUCAGGCCACUCCAGUAUACCAAACUGUGCGAGAUACCACUACUGUAACACUGCCACCUCAGGUUCUUCCUGCACAAACCGUUACUACAACUAUCCAGCAACCCCCAGUCAUCAGUACUUCAACAUUAGUAAGAACCGAAACCAUACCAGUAGUUUCCACCAUACGCGAUACCACUACUGUAUCUGCACCAGCUGUUACCCUUCCUCCCCAAAUCAUCUAUUCCACCAUUCAACAACCUGCCCAAUACAUCACCACAACUUCAUACUAUACGACGACUUCUCCAGUGAUUCAAACCGUUCAAACAACGAUCACCGCAGCCCCGAUUCAACUGCCAGGGCAAACCAUCUACACCACCGUUACUCAACCUCCACAGGUCAUCUACUCCACGGUUAAUCAACCAGUGCCAACUCCCGUCUAUCAAACAGUUACGGAGUAUAAAACCGUUCAAGCACCUGGCCAAGCUCCUGUAUACCAAACAAUCUACAGCACCGUGACCUUGCCAGGCCAAGUGCAUACCGUCGACAACGUGCUGACGAUGACCCUCCGGGAUGUCCAGUACAUUACUCAAACGGUGACCCAAACUCGGCCCGGUGUCCAACUCGAUGCCCAGACCGUAUACUCCACCGUUCAACUGCCAGCUGUCACGCAGACCUACUGCGGACCUCAGAAUACGUAUUUGCCUGCGGCGCAUGACAACGCCAUAGGUCGUGCAGGUUUUGGAGGUUUCAGCCCUCGAUUCAAUAGGUUCUUUUAACAAACGAAUAGAGAAUAAUUUCCUUAGGUAAAAUCGAAACAAAAACAACGAAAACUAAGUGCAAUUCAAUGGGAACUGGAAGCAUGUAAAUAUGUAAUUUUGCGCUAUUCUACAGGAUGCCAUAAAUUUCAAUUAAAUGUAUCGAAUCGA